CGUGUCCCCUGUCCCAUGCUGGUCCGGAGACCCGCCAGCCUACAAAAGCACACCCCCUUCCCUCUAAGCGAUGGCUGAGAGGCGGUGCAUGCAGAUGGGGAGUAAGUUUCCUGAAGGGGAGGGUGGAUGCACGCUCGCAGCCCGGCGCUGCAAAUUUCCACCGGGGAGGGAGAGCGGCUGGAUGCGGAGAGUUUGGAGUUGCUUGCGGCGGAGGGCAGGAAGGGGAGCAGGGCUGGGAAAGGGGGCUGGCGGGCGCUAUAUCUGGGAGUAAGUUUCCAGCAUCGGGAGAGCCUGCACGCUUGCUCACUACUCUGCUCGCCCCCCAUCCCAAACCCCAAGCGGAGACUGGUCUUUUCGUCGGAUUGUCCAUGCACUUGUUGCAGAAACAGCCAAGGCCCUGGCUGUGGAGGAUGCUGAAGGAAGAAGACGCAGAAGCAGGACAACCCUGAAAGACUGAGCCUCUUCAUCCUCAAGCAGGACCAGGUCUCCUCUUCCCACCUGUCCAGCAGCAUGAAAGCAGCAUGACUGGCCGACCGCAGGAGAAGCCCCCAGAACCAGGCCCCCAACUGAGCCAUCUGCUGCAGAGGUCAAGGCGUGAGCGACGUCUCCUCACCACAGUGCUGUGUGGUCCUGUACCUCAGCCAGGGAGAGGAUGUAAAACCCCCCGCCCUGCACAUGAGUGGUACAGGCCAACAGGAACACCUGGCUCCAGCCACAUUCACAGACAUGUCAGCCGUGGAGUAGUGCGGACACUUUCUCUCAGCUUCUCAGGGUUUCAGUCCUUUUGGGUUUGUUUUAUUUACCUUUUUUUAUGGUUUUGUGGCUGGACGUUCACAACCAAGGCAGACAGCAUGGGUGAUCAGCAACUGUACAAGACCAACCAUGUGACGCAUGGUAGUGAGAACCUUUUCUACCAACAGCCACCACUUGGUGUCCACAGCGGGCUGAACCACAACUAUGGGACUGCAGUAACAGGGGGCGGGAUGGAUGCCCCUCAGGCCUCGCCCAUCUCCCCCCAUUUCCCUCAAGAUACGCGGGAUGGUCUGGGCUUGCCUGUUGGCUCCAAAAACCUUGGCCAAAUGGAUACCUCGAGGCAGGGAGGGUGGGGGAGUCAUGCAGGGCCUGGAAACCAUGUCCAGCUACGUGGAAACCUGGCCAACUCAAACAUGAUGUGGGGGCCACCAGCCCAGGCCGAGCCCACUGAUGGCUACCAAUACACCUACUCCCAGGCCAGCGAGAUCCGGACCCAGAAGCUUACCAGUGGUGUCUUGCACAAGCUGGACUCUUUCACCCAGGUGUUUGCCAACCAAAACCUGCGAAUUCAGGUCAACAAUAUGGCCCAGGUGCUGCACACCCAGUCAGCAGUGAUGGAUGGAGCCCCUGACAGUGCCCUCCGCCAGCUGCUGUCUCAGAAGCCCAUGGAGCCCCCAGCACCGGCUAUCCCUUCCCGCUACCAGCAGGUGCCCCAGCAGCCACACCCUGGUUUCACUGGUGGGCUGUCCAAACCAGCUCUUCAGGUCGGGCAGCACCCUACCCAAGGGCACCUGUAUUAUGACUACCAGCAGCCACUGGCUCAGGUGCCAGCGCAGGGAGGACAGCCACUGCAGGCCCCACAGAUGCUGUCACAGCACAUGCAACAGAUGCAGCAGCACCAGUAUUACCCACCGCAGCAACAGCAGCAAGCUGGGCAACAGCGUAUCUCCAUGCAAGAAAUACAGACACAGCAGCAACAGAUUCGCCCAUCACAGCCGCAGCCGCAGCCACAGCCGCAGCAGCUACAGCUGCCGCAGCGGCAGGGUUCGAUGCAGAUACCUCAGUAUUAUCAGCCCCAACCCAUGAUGCAGCACUUGCAAGAGCAGCAGCAGCAACAGAUGCACCUACAGCCCCCUUCUUAUCACAGGGACCCUCACCAGUAUACCCCAGAGCAGGCACACACUGUCCAGCUGAUUCCUCUGGGCUCCAUGUCCCAGUACUACUACCAGGAGCCCCAGCAGCCCUACAGCCACCCCCUCUACCAGCAGAGCCACCUGCCCCAGCACCAGCAGCGUGAGGACAGUCAGCUGAAGACCUACUCUAGCGACAGACAGGCCCAGGCCAUGCUGAGCUCCCACGGGGACCUGGGGCCUCCUGAUGCAGGAAUGGGAGACCCAGCAAGCUCGGAUCUGACCCGGGUCAGCAGCACCCUCCCCCAUCGGCCCCUCCUGUCCCCCAGUGGGAUCCACCUCAACAACAUGGGGCCUCAGCAUCAGCAGCUGUCUCCCAGUGCCAUGUGGCCCCAGAUACACCUACCUGAUGGGAGAGCCCCGCCAGGUUCUCCGGAGUCAAGUGGCCAACCCAAAGGAGUGUUUGGGGAGCAGUUUGAUGCCAAGAACAAGCUGACGUGCUCCAUCUGCCUGAAGGAGUUCAAGAACCUUCCUGCCCUGAACGGCCACAUGCGGUCCCAUGGGGGAAUGAGGGCCUCCCCCAACCUCAAACAGGAGGAAGGAGAGAAGGUCCUGCCGCCUCAGCCCCAGCCACCACUGCCGCCUCCGCCUCCGCCUCCGCCGCCGCCACAGCUCCCUCCCGAGGCGGAAAGCCUCACGCCUAUGGUCAUGCCUGUGUCUGUCCCUGUCAAGCUUCUCCCGCCCAAGCCCAGCUCUCAGGGGUUCACCAACAGCACCGUUGCCGUCCCCUCCGCCAGAGACAAGCCAGCCAGCUCGAUGUCGGACGACGAGAUGCCUGUGCUCGUGAGGAUGACCCUCUCUCCCCCACACUCACCCCAAGGGGCUGCCCCCCGCACGCCUGCUGAAAUCCCCAAGAAGCAGCAGCCCAGCGUGCCCAAAGCCGAGGAGCCCCUCAAGACCGUGCAGGAGAAGAAAAAGUUCCGGCACCGGCCGGAACCCCUCUUCAUCCCGCCGCCGCCCUCCUACAACCCGAACCCCGCUGCCUCCUACUCGGGCGCCACCCUGUACCAGAGCCAGCUGCGCUCCCCGCGCGUCCUCGGAGACCACCUGCUCCUGGACCCCGCCCACGAGCUGCCCCCUUACACGCCCCCACCCAUGCUGAGCCCGGUGCGCCAGGGCUCGGGGCUCUUCAGCAAUGUGCUCAUCUCCGGCCACGGCCCUGGCGCCCACCCGCAGCUGCCCCUGACGCCCCUGACGCCCACACCGCGGGUGCUGCUGUGUCGCUCCAACAGCAUCGAUGGCAGCAAUAUGACGGUCACCCCAGGGCCUGGAGAGCAGACUGUGGAUGUUGAACCACGCAUCAACAUUGGCUUGAGAUUCCAAGCAGAAAUCCCCGAACUCCAAGAUAUCUCUGCCCUGGCCCAGGACACACACAAGGCCACACUGGUAUGGAAGCCCUGGCCAGAGCUAGAAAACCAUGACCUCCAGCAAAGAGUGGAGAAUCUUCUGAAUUUGUGCUGUUCAAGUGCGUUGCCAGGUGGAGGGACCAAUUCUGAAUUUGCUUUGCACUCUCUGUUUGAGGCCAAAGGUGAUGUGAUGGUUGCUCUGGAAAUGCUGCUGCUGCGGAAGCCGGUCAGGUUAAAAUGUCAUCCUUUGGCAAAUUACCACUAUGCCGGUUCGGACAAGUGGACCUCCCUAGAAAGAAAACUGUUUAACAAAGCACUAGCCACUUACAGCAAAGACUUUAUUUUUGUACAGAAGAUGGUGAAGUCCAAGACGGUGGCUCAGUGUGUGGAGUACUACUACACGUGGAAAAAGAUCAUGCGGCUGGGGCGGAAGCACCGGACACGCCUGGCAGAAAUCAUCGACGACUGCGUGACAAGUGAAGAAGAAGAAGAGUUAGAGGAGGAGGAGGAGGACCCGGAAGAAGAUAGGAAAUCCACAAAAGAAGAAGAGAGUGAGGUGCCGAAGUCUCCGGAGCCGCCACCUGUCCCAGUCCUGGCUCCCACGGAGGGGCCGCCCCUGCAGGCCCUGGGCCAGCCCUCAAGCUCCUUCAUCUGUGAAAUGCCCAACUGUGGGGCUGUGUUCAGCUCCCGACAGGCACUGAAUGGCCAUGCCCGCAUCCACGGGGGCACCAACCAGGUGACCAAGGCCCGAGGUGCUGUCACUUCUGGGAAACAGAAGCCUGGAAGUGCCCAGAGUGGGUACUGUUCGGUGAAGAGCUCACCCUCUCACAGCACCACCAGCGGCGAGACAGACCCCACCACCAUCUUCCCCUGCAAGGAGUGUGGCAAAGUCUUCUUCAAGAUCAAAAGCCGAAACGCGCACAUGAAAACUCACAGGCAGCAGGAGGAACAGCAGCGGCAAAAGGCUCAGAAGGCGGCUUUUGCAGCUGAGAUGGCAGCCACGAUCGAGAGGACUACGGGGCCCGUGGGGGCGCCGGGGCUGCUGCCCCUGGACCAGCUGAGUCUGAUCAAACCCAUCAAGGACGUGGACAUCCUCGAUGACGACGUCGUCCAGCAGUUGGGAGGUGUCAUGGAAGAGGCUGAAGUCGUGGACACCGAUCUUCUCUUGAAUGAUCAAGAUUCAGUCUUGCUUCAGGGUGACGCAGAACUAUAAAGCCCUGUGUGGCACUUAGAGACAGUGAAAACCCACGGCCUCCGUCUUCAUUAAUCAGGAAACCUGGACUGCCUGCUUGUUUUGUAACCCUUUUAAACUACCUGUUUUAAAAGUGGUCAUUUUAUUCAGGUUUAGAAAAAAAAAAUCCCAUUUCUUUUCCUUUUAUUUAAAAAAAAAAAUUGUUUUUGUGGGGGGUUGGGGGAAUAAAUAAUUGGCACAACUAUCUUUAA